AUGAAACAAAUUUAUGAAUGUGUUAUUGCUCCUAUUAUAAUGUAUGGUGUUGGAGCUUGGGGUUCUAGGGCAGCGGAGUUGCUGAGACUAAGGAACAAAUUGAAUUCUAUCCAGAGAGGCUGGCUGCUGGCAAUCACAAGACGUUUUAGAACUGCUCCUACGGAAAUUGCUAAUAUACUUGCGGGCAUUCCGCCCAUCUCGUUGUCCUAUGACUUUUAUUAUAAAAAGUUUUUAUUGAGAUCAAAUAAGAUUGACUUUUAUACAUAUACAGAUGAUAUUGUUUUUAACACUGCUUUUUAUAUUUUUAAUUGUCAUCUUUUACAUCCAAGGGAAAGAAGAUCAAUUACUUUUAAUAGAUACAUUCCUGUAUUUAAUGAUAUUGAUGUCUAUACGGAUGGCUCGGGGUUGGAGGGAAAAAUUGGCUUAGCAUUUGUAGUGUUCUAUCGUGGACUGGAGAUUAAACAUGCAAAGUUUAAAUUAGAAAAAUAUAAUUCGGUGUAUCAAGCCGAACUGAUUGCUAUACAAAAAGCCUUGGAGUGGCUUGUAAGAAAUCUGAAUGAAUCACAAUAUAAUUACAAUACAUUCUGA